AUGGCUGAGAGCUCCAACAACAACAACGUCAUACCCCGCCAUUUGACUGAACACACAUAUUCCCGUUUGAAAGACCAAUAUGCACCGAACCUUUAUGACAAGUGGCUUGACAAAACCGAACCAUCGAAACAUGUCCUCGAUGACAUCAUCGUUGCUGCAUUAUUGAUUGAGCUGUGGCGUAACAUGUAUGGGGUAGUACCAGCAUCGGAAGUUACGGACGAGACGAGGGAUUCCUCUCAAUUUCCUGGAUUCGUCGACAUUGCAUGUGGGAAUGGCGUGGUUGUGUACGUGCUUCUUAUGGAAGGCUACUCAGGCUAUGGACUGGAUGCGCGUCGACGCGAAACCUGGACUAUCUUUCCAAAAUCGGUACAGGAGAAACUGAAGGAAAGGAUUUGCAUCCCAAAGCCAUUCUUGGACGCUACGAACACUGGGGAAAUCGGCGCAGAUAUUCACACUGGAGAUUUCCCGCCAGAAACCUUCAUAAUAUCCAAUCGUGCUGACGAAAUGACCGUUUGGACUCCAUUGAUGGCGGCCCUUUCUUGUCUUGCUUCCCCGUUACCUUUCCUUGCCAUACCGUGUUGUUCACAUUCACUAUCUGGGACCAGCUAUCGAUACCCGGCGCCAGCAAACAAUAUCCAAUCGAAGGGCCACGGCACACAUUUAAAUACAACGCAGUCUCACGAUGACAUUGUGGAGCAAGCCCCGCAGCCUGCAUCGGGUGACCUUAGGGCCUUGAGAUUAGCGAAGGAUAAAGAAAAGAACGCAAAUGGAAGAUGGGACUCAAUGUAUGGUUCACUCACCGCAAAAGCCAUGAGUAUCGCCGAAGAGAUUGGAUUCGAAGUCGAGGUCUUUCUCCUUCCACUUUCAACUACACGCAAUAUGGGGGUAGUGGGGGGUCGGCAAUUAGCAGCACAACAAUGGAAAACAAGGGCCAAACAAAGAAAUUUGGCCCCCGCAUCGGUGGAUCAUCAUCACAACAACAGCAAGACAGCCGAGCUGAUUCAGAAAAUCACGGAAAUUACCCAGCGGGAAUGCUCCAGAGACGGCGGCAUUCAGAAUGCCGCUCGGGCCUGGAUUGAACGCGCACAGAGUCUUAACAGUGGACAAUCGAGUGGAAACCAAGCACACUGA